CACUUCUCAUAAUGUUUGGUUUUCCGGAUGGAAUGUCCACAUCACUGGGAUCUCCGGGAACGGGAGAGGUGAAAGAGGGACUUUUUAUUCUCAGAGGAUUUUAAAAGGACACAGGCCAACAGCGAAGAACAGAUUAAAGCUCCUGGUUGUAAAGGAGAGAGAGUACCAGGAGUUAAAGGAGAAGAAAAGAGAAAAAGAAGUAUCUACUCUUAAGGACGAGCUGAGCAACCUGAAGGCUUUUGCACUGCUGGUUGUUCAAGAGCAACAGAGUUUGAGUGAGCAGCUGGAGGCUCAUCAUUUCCGUGUCAAGGAACUGACUGCCAUUACAGACCACUUCAAGAAGGAGGUCAGUGCCGCUCACCCCAGUGCAAAGAAGGUGGAGCUCAAUAACCAAGCUUCUACCUUCAACCAAGGCUUGAUCACCAUGACAGCCCCGAGCCUGCUGUCAGAGGUCGAGGUGCUUCGAAGGAGGGUCGUGGAAAUGGAGGGAAAAGACGAGGAGCUGAUGCGCAUGUGGGACCAGUGUCGUGACCUAGACCGUAGACUGGCGAGGGAGAUCAGCUUCUGCCGCAGCUUGAAAGUGGACGUGGAUAAACUGACUGGCAGAAUCAGUGAGUUGGAUAGGAUAGAGGAGGCUUUGGGCAAGAGCAAACACGACUGCAGUAUCCUGAUGGGCAGCUUGGAGCAAGAGAGAGAGGUCAGUAAGAGGCUGUCUGCUGAGCUCAACACUCUGAAAGUUAGAGUAAAAGAGCUCGAGGCUACUGAGAGCAAACAGGAAAAGAGUGAAGCGGUGAUUAGACAGGACCUGGCCAAGCUCAGAUCACUGACUGUUGCUUUGGUGGAGGACAGAAAGACUCUGGCAGAGAAGCUCAAACAGGCUGAGGAAAAACUGAACAGGAAGGAAGGCAAGAGGAAUGAGCACAGCAAUUUGGCAACAAUGACAGAAAGACUGAAAGAGGAGAUGCAACAGGCAAUGAGGUGUAAGGCAGAGUUAGAGGGAAGGAUUAGGGGCAUCGGAAAGGAAAAAGAAGAGCUCCAAGACCGACUAAAAACAGAAGAAGAGAGAAACAGAGAGUUGCAGAGUAAAAUGAGCAUAAUGAGAAGUAGGUUACAGGUGUUGGAAAACAGGAAAGAAAAAGAACAGAAGUAUGCUAAUAGUUCUAUCCCAAACAACACCAACCACUGCCGCCAGACGGAAGACAACAAAGUUAAAGAACUCACCCAAGAGCUUGAAAGGCUGCGGAAGAGACUGCAGGACAAGGAGGUGUUGGAAGGAGAACUGCUGCAGGUGGAGGAGGACUUUGAGUCCCUGCAAAAGAGGUUCAAGGACGAGCAGAGGAGGUCGCACGCGCUAACGGAGGAACUUGAGGCGUCAAAGAGGGAGCUCCAGAGGUACGAGCAGGCAGAGAAGGAGGAUGUCAACCAGGAGCACCUUCUCCUUUGUCGUCUUCAGAAGGAGCAAGUCAAGUCCAGACUCUUAACCAGAGAGGUGGAUACUUUAAAGGAGAAACUCCAGAAGUUGAUGGGAACUGAGGAGUCGAUCUGCAGGGUUCAGACGGAUCACUCCACGCUGCAGAGAAAGCUGACCCUGCAGGAAGGAAGGAACAGGGAGCUGGCGAAAGAGAUGAAGGAACUGAGUAGUGAGCUUGACAGGUAUAGACAAGUUAAGAACUUUUCACCUGGUGCAAAUGGGCGACACUUUUCUGAUCAUCAGACCACCAAAGAGGUCCAAACUGAUCCAGCAGAAAGCCUUCCUCCUUACAGCGAUCAGAGAAAGAAAGUAGAAGAAGAAAAUCAUGAGGACGCUAAUCACAAUGAGGAAGUCUCAAACAGAAGAAGCUCUCUUGUCAACAGCCUUAAUAGCCUGAACACUGCAAAUAAUAACAUCAGCCAGUACAGCAGCCAAUCAGCAGAUGGCAUUGAUAUGCACCAAGCAAAUGGUGAGGUAAUGAUGGUAACACACACGCCAGGGCAGCCAUUGCACAUUAAAGUAACACCUCAUCAUAUCCUCAACACCGCCACGCUAGAGAUCAGCAGCCCCACAGGAGACACAGCUACGUCCUACACAAGCAAGGCCGUCAUCCCAACAAGUGGAGCCUCGCCUAAGCAGAGAAUCACCAUCAUUCAGAACUCCUCUCCUCUAACAGUCAAGACCCCGCCUUCGAGCCCUGACCGCACCAUUUCCCCCACAAUCUCCAGGAUAAUGAGUCCAAAUUCUCCACGCUCCUUGACACCUGACCACAAUGGCUCCCCGAUUCAGAUCGUGACAGUCCGGACCUGCUCUCCAGAGCCGGGAGAGGUCGCCAAUCAGGCUUCGGUUUUCUGCAAGACUCCGGAGCGGCAGAACAGCUGGCAACAACAGAGGUCCAACAGCGUCGAAACAAGUCCCAGUAUCAUUACUACAGAGGACAACAAGAUCCACAUCCAUGUUGGCAGCCCAUAUAUCCAGUCUCUGAACGGUAUGACCCACGGUAUGCCGCAGCCUGUCGGGCCGUACUAUCUCCGACAUGAGCAGCGGACACAAGUGCUCGCCAAUGGCUGUCAUGUAAAAGGUGUUGGCAAGAUAACAAGCAGUAUUACCAUUUCCCCUGCUGCCUCUUCAGCUUCACAUUCCUCCAAUAUUACAGUCAGUGGCCUUUGUGAUUAGAAGAUGGCUCUAGUAUAUUUUCAACAUGCCACAUUGGUGCUUGCCACAUUUCAGGACUACUUAACAUGUUCUUUAAGAGCUCCUGUGAGGAACUUUUAUGUUUGUAUUGAUUUGUGCCCCAUUUAGUCAAAACUGGUGCGUCGUAUCUCUUAGCAAAUGCUGCCCGGUACAUGUACAUGUGACUAAAAAUCUCAUCCUGCUGUCUGUUAACUGUCAAAUGUAUAGCUCACUGUGAAUUAUGGCCAUGAAAAUAGAACAAAAUGACUGUUCUUGCAGUAGGCUUUAACUCACUUUGUCUGACUCCUACCCUGCAGCAAUGCUUACAAACAUUAGAAUUACUGACUAGAAUGUAUCGAUCUUUUCUUGCUGAAAGUCUUGUAUGCUUUUGUGGGUCAUAGAGAGUCAUAAAUAUUCAUCUCAGCCUGUUGUAUUAAAAACUCCUCAUAGGAGCAUAAAGGAAAACCUUCAUAUAUCAAUGACUGCUUUCAGGUCUUAGUCAUACUAUUUCUACUUGAUCUAGUUAACGUGCAAAUAUACUCACUGACUUUAGAAACCCUUUACUGACUAUUUUACAUGCAUUUUUAAUGCCUGUAUUAGAGCUACGCAGUACAUCAUUGCCUCUAAAUGUGUAAUCUUUUUUCGUAUUUUUUAUUCUGAUUUCUGAAUGUUUUUCUGUGUUCAUUAAAAGUGUAUGUGUUGA